AUGGCGUCAUCACCAGCAGCUGCCGCCACCGCAGCACCCGACGGCGCCACGGCCAAGUCGCGCCCCCUGCUGCUCGUAGUUGCGGUUGUGCUGCUGAAUGACGAGGGCCAGGUGCUGCUCGCGCAGCGGCCCCCAGGCAAGGCGCUUGCCGGCCUGUGGGAGUAUCCAGGCGGCAAGGUGGACCCUGGAGAGACUCCCGAGGCGGCGCUGGUGCGGGAGCUGCGGGAGGAGCUGGCCAUCCAGGUGGCGUCCGCCUCCCUGCGGCCCCUCACCUUUGCCUCGCACCCCUACGACGCCUUCCACCUGCUCAUGCCCACAUACGUGGCCAGCGAGUGGGAGGGGCAGCCCCUGGGGGCAGAGGGCCAGGCGCUGGCAUGGGUGGGCGCCAGGGAGCUCGAGGGUGGAGCGUACCCCAUGCCGCCCGCCGACCUGCCCAUGCUGGCGCCGGUGCUGGCAGCCAUGCGGCAGCACAGAGAGGCCCGCCAAAAUGCUGCGUGA